AUGCCAUAUUUAUUCACCAACAGCAGCGACGAGAGCGGUGGCCCCCCGUCUGCCCGAGAUGUGCACGAGGCGAAGCCAAGGGACGAUGACUGGAACAAGUUGAAGUGGAAAGAGGAGGACAUGCUUCUCGGGACGAAAUCCGGUGGCCACGUGGAGGUGGAGGAUGCAGAUGAGAAGUCUGGCUGCUCCUCCAUUCAUCUGCAGGAGGAAGACGUUCCAGUCGGGCUGGAUGAGUAA